GGUUAGGAGCAGGCACGUGGUGCGAUGCAUGACAAUUUUAGGUUAGGUUCGAUAGAGAACAACAGAGAAUUGGAUUCGGACGGAACUGCCGAGUUAUGAUAGUUCUCGGGUUACCGCCGGCUUUACGCAAGGCCGUGCAUCUCGCUCAAAGCUUCAGUCGGUGUCGCGUGACACGUGAUAUUUCGAGGUUCGAUCAGUGUCGAACGUUUAACAGAAAGCCGGAGCAGAUUGACAGCAACGGCAAUAAGAAGCCGCGGCCAAAAACAGAGCCGAUUCCGAAGAUCACGCUCUUGUCAUCGGACAACUCGACCACUGUGACCGUGCUGGAAGUGGCUCAGCGUUUGGCGAAACGGCGCAACCUUACCCUCAUUAAGGUCAGCGACCUUGAGAGUAAGACGCAGCGACCGCUCUAUAAGUUAGUGAGCAAUACCAACAUUCUCGAGCACCAGACCGAAGAGGAUACUCAGGACACCAACAAGGCUGCACAGAAGUCGAGCAAGAGUACUAAAAUAUUCUACGUAUCCGCGAAGAUCACUGAACAUGACCUACAGACGAAGACGAAGAACAUGAUGAAAUUAUUGAACAAGGAAUACAAAGUUAAGAUCGCCAUUACUCUGGACGGUGCCGACGGGGGUAAGGUGCAAAGAGUCAUCGAGGAUGUUGUAAGAAAUGAUGGCAGUAUCCAGCGAAUGCCAUCAAAGAAGAACGUAAUUUUACUCUUAAUAAAUCCUUCACAUAAGAAUGAAGACGUUUCUGUAAAUAAUAAAGAUGAGACUGAAAAUUCCAGUAUAGUUAAUAAUGAAAGAGGUACGUGAGAUUGAAUGUUAUAAAUAUAGAUAGAUGAAAUCAGAAUUUAUCACUGUUG